GGCCCCGAUGUCACAUACGUUCAUUGUGCUCCGUACGCCUCGCAUCGUGCCGAAAGUGCUAGCUUCGUAGUUUGUACCUUGUAUCUCCGGUGAAAUCUGAGUUGACUUGCGGCAAAAAAUUAAAAGAGAUAAGCAGACGUGAAACGCGUUAAUUAAAGGACGACGAGGAAGAGACCGAGUACAAAGUCAAAUACAUAGUCGUUCUUUUUUGAUACUUUUUUUUCAAGAAGCAGCUUCACUCAGGAAAAUGGAAGGGAACCACGAAGAAAGAAGAAUGGAGAGCACGGGGAUGAUUAACGGAGUUCCUGUGCGCCAGCAUGGCAGAAAGCUGUGGCAGUAUCUCGCAUCCAUUUCCGCCUGCUUGAUGGCGGUCAGUGUCGGCACCGCCCUGGCUUGGACGUCUCCCGUUCUGCCCCAGCUGUACAAGGAGACCUCUUGGCUGGUUAUCACCAAGGAACAGGGAUCCUGGAUAGGCUCGUUGUUGGCCCUGGGCGCGAUACUGGGUGCCGUUCCGUCCGGACCGAUGUCCGACAAACUCGGUCGGAAGAGAACGCUUCUUCUGCUGACCGUUCCGUUUCUUCUAUCCUGGGCGAUCAUCAUAUUCACCUCCAAGCUGUGGCUGAUCUACGUGGCGAGGUUUAUGGUUGGCGUCGCCGUGGGCGCGGCCUGCGUCGUCGUGCCGACUUACAUCUCCGAAAUUGCAGAGACUUCGAUUCGGGGCACCCUCGGCGCUAUGUUUCAGCUACUCCUCACCGUUGGGAUCUUAGUGGCCUUCAUAAUCGGAGCCCUGAUGAAUUACACGGCGUUCGCUAUAAUUUGCGGGCUCAUAGACGUCAUCUUCUUUGCUAGUUUCAUAUGGAUGCCAGAGUCACCUAUUUGGCUGGUGAAUCAAAAGCGAAAACCGGAAGCCACGAUAGCGAUGUCUGUUCUCCGGGGAGAUUCUUACGAUCCGUCCGAGGAACUCGCGGAUGCGCAGCGAGAAGCCGAGCAAGCAGCGUUAAGGAAAUCGACCAUAUUCGACCUUAUACGUAACCGGGCAGCUAAAAAAGCUUUGCUCGCUUCGUUGGGCAGCAUGUUCUUUCAGCAAUUGUCCGGCAUAAAUGCGGUGAUCUUCUAUACCGUCACCAUCUUCCAGGCAUCCGGAAGCUCGAUGCCGGCGGAUGUCGCCUCUAUAAUCGUGGCGAUCGUUCAGAUGAUUACGACAGGCGUAGCAGCUCUGAUCGUGGAUCGUGCCGGAAGGAAACCGCUGCUAAUAUUUUCCUCGAGUGUAAUGCUAGUCAGUCUCGUGGCCCUUGGUACAUAUUUCAAUAUUAAGAAAAGCGAAAGUGAUGUCAGCAGUCUCAGUUGGCUACCGCUUACAUCUCUAACUUUAUACAUGAUUUCCUUCUCCAUUGGGAUGGGUCCGAUACCGUGGAUGCUGAUGGCUGAAUUGUUUCCCGCGGAGACUAAGGCGGUCGCCUCCGGUAUGGCAGUCAUGCUAAAUUGGAUCCUGGUGUUUCUAGUGACAAAGACUUUCCCGGCGAUGAACGAGGGCCUAGGUGCGGAUGUCACUUUCUGGAUUUUCGCCACGAUCAUGGCGGUCGGCACCGCAUUUACGUACUUUUUCAUACCGGAAACCAAGGGAAAAACCUCUCAGGAGAUUCAAGAAGAGUUGCAGGGCAACUCUCGAUUAAGGCGGACAAACGCCUAAAUUGUAUCGAUAAAUUGACCUGUAAAGUGAUUACAGUUUUGAUAAUGAUAUUUAUCAAAGUAUAGUUGAGCUAGGUUGCAAGAAGACCUUAGCACAACAAAGUAUCAGGAAACACACGGACAAUAAUGAAAAACUUUUUUAACAGCGAUGCAUCAAGAAAUAAGCUGCUGUGAGAGUUACUGAGAAGAAAGUUAAAUCUCAUAAAUGAUUUAUUGUUUCUCUUACCAUCAUCUAUAAAUUAUGUUUGAACAUAUUGUAUCAUCCUUCUAAAUUUAUGAUAUACGAUUUUUGUUUACGCAGAUUUAUGUGUUAAUUAUUAUUGUGAAUAUAUAUAUUAUUAUUAUAUAAAGAAACAAUAUCUCACCAAACUAUUUUUCAAUUAUAUUUACGACUCAUAGCAAAUGGUUACAAGUGAUGUCAUGGCGAAGUUAUAGUAAAGUACGAAUAUUUGCUUUAUCAUGGCAAUAUUAUCUUUAUGAUAAAAUAGAUAUUAACAGAUCAUCAUGACUUGGUCAAGAUUACUUGUGACUUGUGUCCUUUGUGUGGGAGAAGUAAUUGAUAUUUUUUAAUAUUAUUGAAUCACAGUUCAACAUUAUUUUAUUUUUGGAUUUUAUUUUGUAAUUAAAUAUUAAAUAUACGACGGUCGCCUCUGUUGUAUUCCGGUAUAAAAAGAUAGUUGCAUUGUAUUAAGUGAUCUUUUGCAUUUUGUAGUUAGAAUUAAAAUUAAUUACGAUAAUAAUAUACUGAAAAAAGCUAUAAAAUCAAUAAAAAAGCAACUUGUUUCAAUUAAACGGUGUAGUUGCGGGCUGCCAACUAAAUAAAUGAUUCAUGCAAUUUAUUUGUUAUUGGUUGCAAUUUCUAUUAUGCAUAUUAAACGAAUUAUGUAUAUAUAUGAAUCAUGACAUAUAAUAUUGUAAUGAAUACAUAUCAGAGUGUAACAAAUUUUCAAAGUUGAGAAUUAAAUACUUUAUAAUUAUGUAAUAAUGCUAAAUGUAAACAUUACAAUUGUAUUUCAAUAUUAAUCAUGUACAAUUUAUAUUUGAUUUGAUUAAAUAUACAAAUAUAUGUAUGAGUUAUAUAUAUGCAUAAGUUAUACAUAUGAUUGAAUUAAACGUUGAUUUUUGUCUUGAAAAUAAAAAAGUGUUUGUUUAAAAAAAAUUUUUAUACGCAAUUAAAAACAAAAUUUGCUUUAAUAAAAAAAUAAUAUUGCAUUAGUUCAACAUUAAAUGUGCUUGCAUUAAUUUUAAUUUUUCUUUUAAUAAGUUUUUUCUACUUUAUCUAAAAUAAAUUUAAUUUAAUUAAAACAUUAUUUUUCUUAAAUAAAAGUUUUCACAAUUCUGUCCUUCUCAGUCCCUUUUAUAGACUGACAUAUUUCAGUUUAGUAUUAUAUGUCGAUGGCGAUAUUUUGCUUUCUUCCGCGCUCUUAACGAGCUCUUUUUAUAAGACAGUGCAUUUUGUUUACGAGAUAACAUGCCACGUAGCGUAGUGAAAAGAAUGCCAUUCUAAGAAUAAAAUAUACUUCACAAAUCUAUUUAUUAUUGACACAAUACAUAAAUAGUUUGAACCAAUGUUCAACAAUAUUAAACGUUAUAUGCAUUUUAUUUCUAUUCUAUCAUAAUAUAUUUGUGUAAAUUACAAUAGCAUUAACUCUUUGGUUGUUUUGUUUUAAUCAUUUUAUGUAAUUGAGUUGACAGCAUUUAUACUUGAAUCAUAUAUUUUACUUCAAUCUUAUUAAAUCAUAUGUAUUAAUUUAUUCACAGAGAAUAGAAAGAUUUUAUAAUAAUUACACAUACGCUUGAUGCAAUUAAAACGUGUUACGUGUGCUUAAUAAUAUUUUUAUCUACGUAUACACAACGACAUUAAUAAUUACAUGUGUUGAUUGUAUCAAGCUCAUAUGUAAUUAAUAUAAACACAUUUCCAUUUCUUCUAAAGAUAUAAUUGUACAUAAAUGCAAUAAUGAGUCAAUAUAACAUCUGACAAAUUUUUGAUUUGUUUUAAUAUAUAAAAAAUAUACAAAUUAAAUACAUUGUAUUUAAAUUAA